GGGACAGACAAGGGGCUAUAGUGGGCAACUAGUCGCGGUCUCUUAUCGAGUGUGAUGUGAACAAUGGCCUCUGAUGGAGAAGUUGAGGUGAUGGAAGUGAGUGAUAAUGGUGCUCCUGUCAAAGAGAAGACCUCCAAACCAACGCAUGAGCUACCAUGGAUUGAGAAGUAUCGUCCCACACUACUGUCGCAGGUGGUAGGGAAUGAGGAGACCAUCAGCCGACUAGCCGUGUUUGCCAAAGAGGGCAACGUACCUAACAUCAUCAUUGCAGGCCCACCUGGCACGGGUAAGACGACCAGUAUCCUAUGCCUGGCUCGGGCUAUGCUGGGUGCUUCCUUCAAGGACGCCGUAUUGGAGCUUAAUGCGUCCAAUGAAAGAGGCAUUGAUGUGGUCAGGAAUCAGAUCAAGUCGUUUGCCCACCAGAAGGUGACCCUCCCUAAAGGUAGACACAAGAUCAUUAUUCUCGACGAGGCUGACAGUAUGACCGACGGUGCACAGCAAGCCCUCAGGCGCACUAUGGAGAUAUUCUCCAAGACCACACGAUUUGCCCUAGCUUGCAACGCCUCAGACAAGAUUAUUGAGGCCAUACAGUCUCGUUGUGCUGUCCUGCGCUACUCUAAACUCUCUGACACUCAAAUUCUCACUCGACUCUUGGAGGUCUGCGAAAAAGAAGCGGUGCCUCGUUGUGAUGAGGGACUGGAGGCAAUCAUAUUUACGGCUCAGGGGGACAUGAGACAUGCCCUCAACAACUUGCAGUCCACAUACGCUGGGUUUGGAUUUGUCAGCGCUGAAAAUGUUUUCAAGGUGUGUGAUGAGCCACACCCACUUCUGAUUAAGGAGAUGUUGACGCACUGUGUGAACACACGUAUUGAUGAUGGCUAUCAGAUACUCAAGACACUCUGGGACAAGGGGUAUUCCCCUCAUGACAUCAUCACUAACACGUUCAGAGUCGCCAAGACACACCCCCUGAUACCAGAGUACUUAAAGCUCGAGUUUAUCAAGGAGAUUGGGUUUACUCACAUGCGUAUUGCCGAGGGUGUCGACUCGUUGCUACAACUGUCUGGUCUACUAGCCAGACUCUGUCUCAAGUCAGUGCCCACCCCCACCAAGUGACGGCACACCCACCCCCCACACACUAACUGACCCCCUGACUCUUUAGUACACACAUAUAAUUAUUAUUAUUCUGUUUAUUGUUUUCCAAACAUGUUAUGUGAUUUAAUUAUGUAAUACACUCAAUUCUACAACAACAUAAAAGUAAUGUUUCAUGUAAA